AUGCUGACCGCUACGCGGGUGGUUGGGCGAAAGGCCUUAGAAUGUUCUGGUCUUACUUCGGACUUUUCUACACACAGAAAUUUUACUACAAUACUGAAAAAUGUUGCAGCGCCUACAGUGCCAAUUUAUCAACGCCAUGCAGUGCAAUACAGACACAAAUCAGAUGGAGUCCGUGGUGCUGUCAUUGGUAUUGAUUUGGGUACCACCAACUCUUGCGUCGCCGUCAUGGAAGGAAAGACACCUAAGGUGGUGGAAAACAGCGAAGGUUCUCGGACCACACCCUCUCACGUGGCUUUCUCUAAAGACGGUGAAAGGCUCGUGGGUAUGCCAGCCAAACGCCAGGCUAUCACUAACAGUGGCAACACCUUCUACGCAACGAAAAGACUGAUCGGACGCCGCUUUGAAGACCCCGAAGUCCAGAAAGACAUGAAGAAUCUCUCAUAUAAAGUUAUCAAGGCUUCAAACGGAGAUGCUUGGGUUCAAGGUUAUGACGGUAAGGUCUACUCUCCAAGUCAGAUUGGUGCCUUCAUCCUCAUGAAGAUGAAGGAGACUGCGGAGGCUUACCUCAACACUUCAGUGAAGAAUGCCGUUAUUACUGUGCCCGCUUACUUCAAUGAUUCACAGCGACAGGCCACUAAGGAUGCGGGUCAAAUUGCUGGGCUCAACGUUCUGCGUGUGAUCAACGAACCAACGGCCGCCGCUCUCGCUUACGGACUGGACAAAUCCGAUGACAAAAUUAUCGCAGUAUACGAUCUGGGAGGCGGCACAUUCGAUAUCUCCGUCCUCGAGAUACAGAAGGGUGUGUUUGAGGUGAAAUCCACCAAUGGAGACACAUUGCUUGGUGGAGAAGACUUCGAUAAUGUCAUUGUCAACUUCCUCGUGGACGAGUUUAAACGUGAUCAAGGCAUCGAUAUCCGCAAAGAUGCAAUGGCAAUGCAGAGGCUCAAGGAGGCGGCAGAGAAGGCGAAGAUCGAGCUCUCUGGUUCCCUUCAAACUGACAUCAAUCUACCCUACCUGACUAUGGAUGCUUCUGGACCUAAGCACAUGAACCUUAAGAUGACCAGAUCGAAGCUGGAAUCUCUGGUCGGUGACCUGAUCAAACGUACAGUUGGCCCCUGUCAGCGAGCUCUCCAAGAUGCCGAAGUGCAGAGGUCUGAUAUUGGUGAGGUGCUGCUCGUUGGUGGAAUGACCAGGAUGCCCAAGGUGCAACAGACAGUCCAAGAGAUCUUCGGUCGGGCGCCGUCUAAAGCGGUGAACCCUGACGAAGCCGUGGCGGUGGGAGCUGCAAUCCAGGGAGGAGUGCUGGCGGGAGACGUCACUGACAUUCUGUUGUUGGACGUAACCCCGCUGUCGCUCGGUAUCGAAACCCUGGGCGGAGUCUUCACCAAGCUCAUCACCAGAAACACCACCAUACCUACCAAGAAGAGUCAAGUGUUCUCGACCGCCGCUGAUGGACAAACACAAGUGGAGAUCAAAGUGCACCAGGGUGAGCGUGAAAUGGCAGCAGACAACAAACUCCUCGGACAGUUCUCUUUGGUGGGGAUCCCACCAGCUCCACGAGGGGUGCCACAGAUUGAAGUGACUUUCGACAUUGACGCCAACGGCAUCGUACACGUAUCUGCACGCGACAAGGGAACUGGGAAAGAACAGCAGAUUGUUAUCCAGUCAUCAGGCGGUCUGUCCAAGGACGAGAUCGAGAAUAUGGUAAAGGCAGCCGAGCAGUUUGCUGCGGCCGACAAGCAGAGAAGAGAACGAGUGGAGGUGGCCAACCAGGCUGAAGGCGUGCUGCAUGAUACCGAAACAAAGAUGGACGAGUACAAAGCACAAUUACCACAGGAUGAGUGCGACAAAUUACGCGAAGAAAUUGCCAAACUACGUGAUCUGCUUGCCAAGAAGGACUCUGUUGAUCCCGAAGAACUCCGCACUGCCACCGGACAACUGCAGCAAGCAAGCUUGAAGCUGUUCGAGCAGGCGUAUAAGAAGAUGGCGGCUGAACGUGAAGGUAAACAGCAGCAGCAAACAGAGCAACCGCAAGAAGAAAAGAAAGAAGAGAAAAAGAAUUAA